GAAGACGAUGACGGCCUGGGCUACACGUUCCGCGUGGACCGCAAGAACCCGACGGUCGAGUCGCUGCAAGACGAUUUCUCCCCGCCAAAGCCCGUUGUGGGUGACGUGAGCCGAGCGGUGGAGGGAGUCGACGCUGUGACGUCCGUCUUCCGCUUCCUACGCAACGCCUGUGCAGCAUCCGCUGACAACCAGGGCGCGUGCCAAGAAGCUGGGUUGAUCAAGCUGAAAAUAUUGGUGGAGUGCCACCAGUAUCGCAAGGUUGUGGCAUUUACCGUGGCGUUUAUUAUGAAUUGCGUCAACUCAAGCAGCACUGGAUCCGAGGACCUCGCUGCUCGUCGCGUUGAUUUGGUCUGCGCUCGCAACUUGGUGAUUACAAUUCUUCACCGCUGUAUGGUGAAGCCUCCCAAGUCUACGAACCUUGAUGAAUCGAUGCAAAGUGGCCCUCGCAUUGACGACGAGGACCCAGCGUUCGAAUGGAUUUGUACUCUUUUCGGAGUACUUUUCCGUGACGGCCGGAUCAAAGACCUGUACAACGCUGUGGGCGCCCACAUGCUAAGCAAGCUCUGGUCUCGAGUUACGCCGGAACAACUGAUCAUGUUGCGAAUGUUUACAAUGUGGGCAGUGUCUUCGACAAAAACGGCUUCGGCUGCAGCCACCAGAGAUGGAAUCGGCAACAAUUCGCCUCUCCCUGAUGGAAUUUUCGAGUACGUGAAGAGCACUUGGACAUACAUCACCACUGCCGGUGAUGAAGAUAGGCCGGACGAAGCAGAUGAAUUCAGAAAGAAUGUGUGGAUUGAGUUGGAGAACGAGGCCAAGCUGAUGUUUCUCGACGUUCUUGGAGAGUUGACUGUGGGUCACAACAAACUCGACGCGGAUGGCGCCCGAGAACUACUACUUUCUCUACUGCAAGAGCUUCAACGAGUUUGGGAACUUGGCCGCCAGAAUCCAACAUCAAGGAAUACACGCGCGGCAGGCUCAAGCGCGCAGCCGCUGAGUAGCGGGGAGCCGUUCGGGUACAGGUCGGGAUUGAUUCGCGUUAUUGGCAACCUUAGCUACCGCCACACAGACCACCAGGACCUCGUACGCGAGCAGGGCUACUUGCCUCUGUUCCUCAACCACUGCAACAUUGACGAAACGAACCCGAUGAUUCGUGAAUGGUCCUUGGUGACGCUGCGCAACCUGUGCGAGGGGAACGAGGCCAACCAGUCCUACAUCAAUGCUCUUCGGCCACAAGGCAUGGAUGCUGCUUCAAACGCGGCACUUGAAAAGACAAAAAUGCGUGCUGAUAUCAACGAAGAUGGCAAGGUCACACUGAAAAAGGAGGACGAGUAG